GGGCUCCUCCGCGUCUCGCUCUGCUCGGGGGCCCGUUGCGCCCGCGCGGCUGCGAGCCUCGGGUGGCCGCGCGUGGCCGCGCCGGCUUCUGCCGCGGAGGGCGCGGCGGCCGGAAUGUCGCGGCGAGGGCCGCGCGGCGGGGCGGGCGCCUGAGGAAGAGCGGCCGGCCCGCGCUCUCCGUGGCCGCCCCGGUGCGGCGGGGGAGCCGCCUUCGUGGGCGCCGGGGACCGGGACACCCGCGAGCGGGCCGGGGAGAUGCCCAACCCCAAGAACAGCAAAGGCGGCCGCAAAAACAAGCGCGCCAACAGCAGCGGGGACGAGCAGGAAAAUGGAGCCGGGGCCUUGGCGGCGGCGGGUGCGACAGGCGCGGCGGCCGGAGGGGCCCUGGCGGCGGCGGCGGCGGGCUGCGGGGCGGCGUCGCCCGGCGCGGUGGGCACCGGCGGCGCGGCGGGCCCGGGAGGUGCGGGCACGGGCGCCGCCAACGCCACCGUCGCUGCGGGGGCUGCAGCCGCGGGAGACGCUAAGAAUGGAGCUCCUUGUGCCACGCCUCUGAUCUGCAGCUUUGGGAGACCAGUGGACCUGGAGAAGGAUGACUAUCAGAAGGUGGUGUGCAACAAUGAGCACUGUCCCUGCAGCACCUGGAUGCAUCUUCAGUGCUUCUACGAGUGGGAGAGCAGCAUCUUGGUACAGUUCAACUGCAUCGGCAGGGCCCGCAGCUGGAAUGAGAAGCAGUGCCGCCAAAACAUGUGGACCAAGAAGGGCUAUGACCUGGCUUUCCGCUUCUGUUCCUGCCGCUGUGGGCAGGGCCACUUAAAAAAGGACACAGACUGGUACCAGGUAAAGCGAAUGCAAGAUGAAAAGAAGAAGAAGUCUGGGUCAGAGAAGAACACAGCAAGGCCUCCAGGGGAGGCUGGGGAGGAGGCAAAAAAAGGCAGGGCCCUGAACAAGCCCCAGAAGGGCCUGAACCAUGACCUUCCUCGGCGGCACUCCAUGGACAGGCAGAACUCCCAGGAAAAGACAGUCGGUUCUGCAGCCUAUGGCGCCCGCUCCCCUUGUGGCUCCCCUGGCCAGUCCCCACCCACAGGCUACUCUAUCCUCUCCCCAGCCCACUUUAGUGGUCCCCGAUCCUCCAGAUACCUUGGGGAAUUCUUAAAGAAUGCCAUUCAUCUUGAGCCUCACAAAAAGGCCGUGCCAGGAGGCCACGUGUUCAGAAAUGCCCACUUUGAUUACAGUUCGGCUGGUCUGUCUGUACACAGGGCAGGACACUUUGACACCCCUGUCCAGUUCCUGCGGCGGCUGGACCUCUCUGAACUUCUCACUCACAUCCCCAGGCAUAAGCUAAACACUUUCCAUGUUCGGAUGGAAGACGAUGCCCAAGUAGGCCAAGGCGAAGAUCUGCGGAAGUUCAUUCUUGCAGCCCUCAGUGCCAGCCACAGAAACGUCGUAAACUGUGCUUUGUGCCACCGGGCGCUCCCCGUGUUUGAACAGUUCCCUCUGGUGGAUGGAACUCUGUUCUUAAGCCCCUCAAGACACGAUGAGAUUGAAUAUGAUGUUCCUUGUCACCUUCAAGGGAGACUCAUGCAUCUGUAUGCAGUGUGUGUGGACUGCCUGGAAGGGGUUCACAAGAUUAUCUGCAUCAAAUGCAAGUCACGAUGGGACGGCAGCUGGCACCAGCUGGGCACCAUGUAUACCUACGACAUCCUGGCUGCCUCUCCCUGCUGUCAGGCCCGUCUGAAUUGCAAGCAUUGUGGCAAGCCUGUGAUCGACGUACGGAUCGGGAUGCAGUACUUCUCUGAGUACAGCAAUGUCCAGCAGUGUCCACACUGUGGGAACCUGGACUACCAUUUCGUGAAGCCAUUCUCUUCCUUCAAAGUUCUCGAAGCUUAUUGAUGAAAGCUUUGCUUUAGUAAUAGCUAUUUUAUUGAUAUUAUUACUUUACUACAUAUCUUUUAUAGGGGAACAUUCUGUGACAUUAAUUUCUUUUCUAAUUUGAAGCAGAGUUUACUUUGUAUAUUUGUGCCACUAAAAUGGGGACUUCCUCUUGCCCUUUCCUGAUUCCCAAAUGUCAAUGUGUGGGUAAGACUGGAGGCCAGAUGGGGAAUUGUGCAGGUUUGGUAGGGUUUUAGUCUCAUGCAGAGUGUCUGAUGGAGUUCUAAGGUAGUAGGAAGAAUGGGUGCCAUUUAGGGGUGGGAAUCUGGCUAAACUAGAGGUGUGGUAGGAGUUGGGAGGGAGCUUUUACUAAAUGUUAGCUUUCUUGAGACUCACUGUUAGUUCUCUGGGCCUUGGGGAAAUAAAUGACAAGUGAAUGUACACCUGAGCCUGGACAGCCAGUACUGUAUUAGGCUGUCUGGACUCUGUUUUUCAGCACAGGUUGAGGUGCAAUUUUCUCCCACUGAUAGAUGAUUUGAGAGUAGAACUGAGUGCUCUUUCUUUGACUAUUUGUCUAAUUUAACAGUUUUCAUACUGGAAAUAAUAUCCAAAUUAUAUGACACGUGAAAGCUGUUGCUGUGUAGGUGAGCUGAAUCUAGCAGGUCUUGUGAAGCAAAUUUGGAAAUGAUGCACACUGAAUCAGGCAGGCAGAAAGACACACUUUGGUUAUUUGAACUGUAUCUCUAGAGGUGGUCAGAGAGUCUACAGAAAAUCUGUAUACUCGGUGGUUUUGAUGGGCAGCAUUUACAGGUUGCAUUGCUGAAGUGCUGCCUGGUAUCCAGAGCUCCUUGCAGGUAAACCUCUGGCCUGCCUGCUGUGCUGCAGAACCACCUGUGCCACACUUCCUUUUCAGUAUAUCUAGUGCCACAUAGUCAGAGCCAAUCUGAAGAAGGAAGGCGACAGUUAGAAUGAUGAAUAGUUUUUAUUCUUUUAAAAGUAAGUUCAGUUUUGGGAGCAGUAAUGCAAAAGAGCAUAUCUGAAAAUAGAUCAUCCUAAAGAUUCCCAUGAUCCCUCACUGUUGGUUAAAGCAAAAGUAGCAUACAGACCAAGUAUUCCAAACCAACCUCUGUGCAGGAGAAUGUGGAAACUUCAAUAUGCUGAAGACAUGGCCUGUACAGUUAGAAUUAGAGACUUACUUCUUAUGAAGCAAUUUGGUAUUUUCAAGUAUGAUAUAGAAGUACAUAUUAAAAGAAUACUAAAUCUUACCCAUUUAUGACUAGGCAAAUUUGAAGUUUAUGUAAAUAUUUAUAUCAUUUUUUUGGUUUAUGCCCCCUACACAUACAGUGGGUGUUUCUCUUCAAAAUUGUCUAAGCAUUAUUGCCAGUGAGUUUUAAAUUCUACUGCUUGGUGAUUUGAUGGAAUCAGCAUUAAGGAACCCAACUAAAACUCUUCAUCUUUGGAUGAAUAUUCUUCAUCAGUUGGUUUGUUACUCAUAGUUUGAUGAUCUGAAGUUUCACAUCUGUAAAAACUUGCCUAGGACAAGCAGAAAUCAUUAUUGGUCAGGUGGUGUUUAAUGCAAUUACAUGAGGUCUACAUAACAUAAUACUUACAAAUUUGUCUCCGAAGCACAAAGCUGUAAUUAGGAAUUAGCUGUUUCCCUAUGAGUCUGUUGUACACUCAAGUUUAAAAUUUUGGUAAGUUUCUAUUCAAAUUCAUAUUUGUCUUCGUGUUUCUGAUUCUUUUAAAAUAAAUAAAAUACUUGUAAUGCAGUUCUUUAACCUGGUGACGUUUUCUAGUAAAAUUUCACUGUGUUAUUGUUCCGAAGUCAAUCUAUUCACUGUACCACGUGAGUUCUUUAGGUUAAAAGACACUGUGGAGCUGUAAGCCACAUUCCGUUCUUGUUCCUUAGAUUGAUUUCUGCCCCUAAAAGGAAGAGGUCUUAUUUCAGUUGGAUAACAUUUGCAUUUGAUGCUAUGUUGAUGAUAAAGUGAGGACUAUGUAUAUGGUCUUACAAAAGAAGCAUGAGCCCUGCAUUCCAAUACUUACCUUUUGCCUUUUAGUGCAUUAAUUUCACUUUUGUCUGGAAGGGAAAAUUUGGCUGGUUGGAGAAAAAAAAAAAUACAACUAAGCAUACAAUACUUGCUAUAAAGGUAAAUUUUACUUUGGAAAUCUUCUGACCUUAAUGUUUUCACCAGUCUUUGCCUGAACACGUUGAUUAGAAUUGGUCUAUGUCAAGAAGGAUUAUCAUUUCUAUUGUAGUUGGGACAGUAAAGGGUAUCAGUCACCUAGGAGAUCUAACUUCUGUUUCUGAUGAGUAACUCAUAGAUUCAGUAACUCAUAGAUUGACUAAUAAUUUAAAGUGAUUUUUAUCUACUUUAAUAUCUUUAGUCAUUUAUUUUUAAAGUGUUCCAUACUUUGAGCAAGUAAAAUUGCUUCAGUUUUGAGACAAGCUAAUUUCUGAUCGUAUUUUCUUCAGGCCAUCUCAGCUCUCUGCUGUUUCUGAUUACCUGAUCACAUGGGAAGCCCUUACAGAGGGGCUUCUCCAACAUCCUUUAAUUUCCAGUUUUUGAAAAAGGGAUUCAUUUUUCUAAGUAAAAGAAAUUUUCAUACCUUUUUGGGAAAAAUUAGCUCAUGAAGAAAGAGUUUUAUAUGUUUAAAUGAUAAAACUUAACAGAUUGAGUCAUAACAUGCUAGACUACCAAGACUACCUUUCUGAGUUCCUCGUGUCGUCCUACAAUACCAGUGCUUUUUCUGUGCAGUCUGCUUUGUGCCUGUUUUCUAACCUUGUUGAUUUUUUUGUUCAAGUCCUUGAAGCAGUUGUUGAAUAAUUUUAGUUGGGAGAUUGGGGAAGAGGUGAGGAAAAAGCACUUUUCUUUAGGGUGUGGUUCCCAUGACAGGAUGCUGCCUAACCUAGUUCAUCUUCAUACCUUGUUGACUUUAUUAUUUUUUCAGAUAAUUGAAAGAGAAUAUAAUGAAUGGACACCAUGAAAACCAGCUCAAAAAUAUGUUGUUGUCUACAAAGAUUUCUUGUCAAGAUGUCUUGGAUUGCACUUUUGUUGAGGGAAGCCAGUGUAAAUACUUAAAGAAUGUUGAUAAAAAUUGAAGCAUUUGGGUUAUGGAAUCAUGUGUGAUGUUAGAGGGUUUCUGUAUGUGAAAGGUGUGUAUUAAGAAUAAUAAAAUUUUAGAAACAAA